AUGCCUGCCCCGCAACAGCCGAAGCGAAGAGAUAGACCAUGCGAUGCGUGUGUAAGUAUGCUCGUGGGUACCUACCUGGGUCUGGCAGAUGGGUCCAGUGGAGUUUCUCAACUCCUCUACUCUAGUACACCAGCUGGCCGCUGCCGUCCCAGGCUACAAUCCGAAUUCGGUAGUGGAGAUCGCUGACGGAGCCGAAAAAACAGAGGAAACGAAAGAGUAGAUGCGUUCUUGAAGAAGGUACCCCUCGGUGUGUGCUCUGUAAAUUCCAUAACCAGGAAUGCACGUUCCUGCAGAAUCCCCAGUCACGAAAAAGGAAGAUUGCCGAUUCCCCAGGAAACGGCUCCUAUGAGGAAGAGCCUUCACAACCAGCGCCAAAACGAAGGUUGUCCUCCCCAAUCCUGGUCACGUGUUCAAACUAAUAAACAAGCAGAAUUUCCAGCUCCUCAGCAGCGUCAAGAAAGUCUCACAAGAGGGUCAUUCGUACCAUAUCCGGUACGGGCGUCGAAGAGUAUGAUAAACUGUCAAGCUCGGAACCUUCCCUGUUGAAAAGAACACUUGGACUGAAAAACAACGAGCAUUCCAAAUAUGUUGGAGCAACUGCUGCUCUCGAGCCUUCCUUUCUUAGCCUUUCGUCAAACGUGCCGUUCACAAACACGCUAGCUGAAGUUCGUUUGGGUGAUGGGACACUUCGCCGGAUUUCUUUGAAAUCUACCGAUUCAUUUUUGUUGCAUCCUGAUGCUGGAACUCAGGGAUAUGCAGAAGAGCUCUCGGACCUUGAUUCCAUUGAAGCCGUAGUAUCACCUCACGGAAAGGCUUUAAUCAAUCUCUAUUUCCGCAUCGUUUUCCCCAGCUUUCCUAUGCUACAUAAAGAAGUUUAUCUGGAAAAGUACAGCAGGUCUUAUCGAGAAUUUUCACCACCCCUGCUUGCAGCCGUUUAUCUCCAUGGCUUACAUUAUUGGACAUUUGAUGACUCUCUGAGCAAGUUUUCCAAACCUGAUCCCAAAAUUCUCCUCAAGCUUGCUAGGAAGUCGCUUGGCAAUACCAUCCAUCGACCGAAACUAUCCUUGCUCCAAGCAGGCCUCCUUUUGCUUCAAUAUACCGAUACUGAUUCAGCUGAACUGACGGCUCAGAUGGUCAGCGUGUCAUAUGGGCUUGGCUUGCACUUGGACCCUUCGGAUUUUGAGAUUCCAGAUUGGGAAAAGGGCCUCAGAAAACGACUCGCGUGGGCUCUUUAUAUGCAAGACAAGUGGGGAGCCUUGAUUCAUGGCCGGCCACCUCUAAUAAACUCGUCGAAUUGGGCGGUCCCUACGGUAUCCGAUGUGGAUUUCCCAGAAAACCAAGCGCAUGAAGAUGAACAAGAAGGAAGCUCCGAAGUGGAGAAGGGACGCAUUCUUUUCACCCAGAUGAUAUGCCUUUCGGAAAUCUUGGCGGAUUUGCUGGAGGGUGUUUUCAGCAUUCGGAGUGCUGCAGCUAUCUCUGCAGCUGGUAAUGGACUAUCGUUGGUUCUUGAGAAAGUCAAGCCUGCUCAGAUAAAGCUAAGGGAAUGGUUUUCCAAUCUUCCCGAAUGCUUGUCAAUGGGUUCCACUCAGAUCUUGAAGCUCAAUGCUGUGGGUUACCUCAGACUCGCGUACAUAGCUACAGAGAUCACGAUACAUCGACGAAUAAUUCUUGCACUCACUCCGUCCGUGGAUCUUCAGUUACAUCAAAUAUGUCGAUCAGUAGCCCGCGAACGUUUCAUAUUUGCAAUGGACUUUGUACAGUCUUUGAAACCUCAGCAUCUCUCCUCCUUUUGGUACUUUGCCUCUCCUCAAAACUUUGCCUUGAUUGGGGUAUUCGGAACAUUGUUGCUUUCAACCGCGACCAAUGAGGAAGAAGUUGGAUUUUAUCGCACAGCGCUCAAGGAAUAUCGUUGGACUCUGAAAAUCAACAGCGAGAAUGGCGCUCGAUAUAUGAAGCCCGCCAUGACUUUACUCGAUGCGAAUAUGACUCUUCUCAAGGAAUCGAGCCAAAUUGGGUUAACUUCAGAGCCACAGCAAUUAGCGAAGCCGCCCGAGGCACUAUCUGCCCCCCACCAGCAGUCGUGUGAUGUUUUAACACCUGCUCACCACAUCAUUGAAACUCCGUGUUAUCAAGAAGAAGAUAGAACGAGCUCAAAUGAAAUUUACUCGCCCGACAGUUUGAACGCAGAGGUACCCCAUGAUUUCAAUUACGAACUAGAGGAUAGUAAUCUAUGGCGUUACUGAAGCUACAAGGCUCUUUCUGAUUCUGCUCUCAUGAAUAAGGACUUCAUAUCUAUAUCAUGGCUAGCGGUGCUAUUGGGAAUUCAGGAGCAGUUAGUGAAAUCUUCUGCGUGGCACCACACCUGGCUUUCGACAGGGAGUCCUCUUAUCGUGAUAAAAUGCUUCUAUCCCGACGUGGAAGUCAUGCUCAAAUCCAGGGUAGGCCACUAAGCUUUGCUACCCUAGCCAAAUAAUUCUUGCCAUGGGUCUUCACCCAAUCUGAGCUUUGGGCUGGGCCUAUCAUCGGUCUCAUUUGGUUGGACGCCAAGAGCAUCGGAUGAUAUCAAUAAACAAGCUCUUUCUCGCUGCAUUAGCUGCAGGGCUACUCUUUACUCGGGACUGCCCUACGAUGCAUUCCAGUAUCUGUAUUGCAUUUUUGUCAGAAAUAGGCAAUUCGAAGAUCUAGAUGCCGACUUGGCGAGGCCAUCUUUAGGGAGCAGCGAGCAAUCAGCAUCCUUGGCAUGGGGCUCCACGUGUGAAGGUAGCUUCAAUAGUGGUACAACCACCUGAGCUGCACCAAACAGCCUCCUCAAAUGUUCUUUUGGAAUUUUGUGCAGCUUCCACCCUUGGUAUCACAAAUCCUACCUCCCCACUAUAUGUAACUUCUUCGUCCUCCCACUCCAUUGCCUCGUUGAACAUUCCACCACAGGAGCCGUUGCUGUGCCUUCCUCGUUUACAAGAUUCUACCACGGAAUAAAGAUGCUUGCAAAUAGUCCCUCGUCACUGGUGUAUCCUUCCUUUGCCACCAAUAAGCAGGCCCCGGAGAAUUAGAUUGGAAUAUCUCCUCGUGCUCGAAAAAGACAAAUCUAGACACCUAUGAUUUGGGAGCCAUGCAAUGCCGUGGGACUUUUACCUUCUUUUUGUAGGUUUGCAAAAGGUUCUCACGAUCUACAAUAUCAAGAUGUUUCACUUUAUCUCCGAGCUAGCAAGUAUCUAUAAAGGCAUCUCAGAUGCUUGCUACUGAGAAAAGAAGCACCUUUAAAUCCCAAACUUUGAUACUCGGGAAGUGUGACGGCGAGAGAGUGGACGAAGGGUGCGAUUAGUGUUAAUGCUGUUACCUCUGGGGGGAGUGAGAUUGAUGUCCUGAUGGUUGGGGGCGUGUGAUGGAUUGGUGAGAGCGUAGUGAAUUGAUGUGCUCUGGUUAGGGAGUCGGGUUUCAGUUUGGGGCGAGGGGUGUGUUUGAUGGGUUAUGAAAAUAUGAAUGUUUUUUCUGGGAUGAAGUAUUACAUGAAUUAGGAGAUGAGGAGGCGCUCGCUAAGGCGAAACAUAUAUUGUCAUCGCUGGUGAUCGGAUCUUUACACCUGAAGACUUCCUGUCACUGUAUAGAUCUGCCUCAACCCUUUGUAUAUAAAUAAACAACAGGGGAUUCGGGAUAAGUUCCAGUUUUUGGGUAGGCGAAGCUUUGCUGCAGUAAGUAGUGCCUGAAAGUUGUUCUAACAUUCCCGAUUAACAGAGCGAUAGUUUCCACGACUUCUUGUGUAAAUGCGCGCCAUUUAAUAAAAUGUUUCGAAGCAUUAUCCUGAAAUGCUACAACGGAUGGCCCUCAUAAACUCCAAGCAUUGGUUGAAAAGAAAUUGGAGACUAUUAGGCAUCUGGAAGGGUUCCCAUUCUGUCGCGCGCAGAUGAAGUGGUUUGAACGCUAUGAAGAGGUUUGAACUAGCAGGAGCUGAGCUUCUUGAAUACAGGUAAAAGUCGGCACCCCUGAGCGUAGCCGAGGAGGGGGCCAAGUAAGCUACAUAUAGCGUAUAUCCCACAUUUAAAGUCCCAACACAAUACCGGACACCACAAACGCCGUACUUCCAACAAACCCCACCUACCCUCCAAAUUCCAUAUAUAUAAUAUUACAUACUUCCAAACGACCAAGUUCAAAAGCGGAUAUCUCGCUUAAAAUUGUUUUGCCUUUAAGAGCCCUGGGUAUUCAGGAAGGCCACGCUCAUCCAUCGCCUCAAUGACAGCCGCAACCGCCGGGUGCAUACCAGCCGUGAUUGCCUUCUUACACCACUCGGCCAUAGGAAGCACCUCAAAAGCACUUCCCGUCUUCAGGCCAAUGUCUUGUAGACUACCCAAUUGGAUGAUCUCAUCGCCGACUUGAUGGGAGUAAGCGACUGGCUUGGGGUUGGUAUUGAAGACGUGCUUGGCAAUAUCAACACAGCAACUCUCUGUGUACACUAGAUCCAGAGCUCCCUUAUUAUAUUCCAUCUUUGG